CCUGCAACUCCAAUUUGGUUUCGCACCACAUAAACAACUCUUCUACUUCUAAGAAAAUUCUCCUGCUAAUUCAUGCCCUAAUCUGGAUUUCAUCCCAACAAGUAUGUCAUGGAACAAAGUCACGAGGGCUUGCGCCAUCAGAAACGGAAACAAUGGCGAUUUAGAGAGAGAAUCCAUAUUGAUUUUUAAACGAAUGCGUUGCUCAAGUAUUCCACCCUUUGAGCUUUYUUACGCGUCUUUAUUUAAAGCUUGUGCUUCGUUGUUGGCCCUUGAAGAAGGCCGACAAAUCCAAGUUGACUGCUUGAAGCGUGGUUUGGAUUCUGAUGUCUAUGUUCGCAACACCAUGAUUAAUUUUUAUGGAUGUUGUAWGAAGAUCAUUGAUGCACGCAAARUGUUCGAUGAAAUGUCGUACAGAAGUGUUGUUUCUUGGAACACCAUCAUUUCUUCUUUCUUUSGYGUAUCGUGGCUUAAUGAGUCSGUACAGCAUUUUAGGGAGAUGCGAGAGGUUGGGAUUGAGCCUAAUGGAACUACAAUGGUGGUGAUGCUUUCUGUCUGUGCUGAGCUCGGGAACUUGACGAUGGGAAAAUGUAUUCAUGCUCAAAUAAUUGAAAAUGGAUUCGAACUCAACUGUCAAUUAGGAACAGCCAUUGUCAACAUGUAUGCCAAGUGUGGUGCUUUGAAUAGCGCAAGUUUAGUGUUCAACGAAAUGCCUCUUUAUAACGUGUGGACAUGCAGUGCGAUGAUUCUAGGAUUAGCUCAACAUGGUUUUGCAAGAAAUGCCCUUUCACUUUUCAAGAAAAUGAAAGCCACUUCAAUCCAACCUAACUAUGUGACAUUUCUUGGUGUUAUUUGUGCGUGUAGCCAUGGAGGAUUUGUGGAAGAUGGGUAUCGAUUAUUUGAGGAAAUGAAGCAUGUUUAUGGGAUUAAGCCUCAGUUAAUCCACUAUGGUGCAAUGGUAGAUGUUUUAGGACGAGCUAGUCGUCUCAAAGAAGCAUAYRAUUUCAUUUUAAACAUGCCCAUUAAGCCCAAUGCGACGGUGUGGAGGACUUUGCUCAGUGCGUGCAAUGUAAAUGGUGGUAGUGAUUUUGAUGGGGUUGGGGAGAAGGUAAGAGAAAGAUUACUUGAAUUGGAGCCACGGUGGAGCGGGAAUUUGGUAAUGCUUGCGAAUAGAUAUGCAGAUGUAAACAAGUGGGAGGAUGCAGCCGAGCUGAGGAAGAGUAUGAGGGUUGGAGGGCUGAAAAAGAUGGCCGGAGAGAGCUGUAUUGAGGUAAAAGGGUCGACCGUCAGAUUCUUAUCUGGGUAUGAUUCUAAAGCUUCUUGUGUGAAUAUUUAUAUGUUACUAGAUGGUUUAAGUUUGAACAUGAAGAUUAACAAUCCAUAA